AUGGCCGAUCCGUUCUCAACGGCCGCAGCAGCCAUCAGCCUUGUUGAUGUCGCACUGAAAUCAGCCCGCGAAAUCCACAGCCUGAUUCCCUCCCUCCGAGAUGCCCCGAAAUCUUUAUGCUGGGCUUUCGAAGUCGUAUGUGAGGUUCAGAUUCUACUUCAAGACUUCCAGAAUCUGGUAGACGCCUAUCGCAGCUCUUCCAUGCCCCAUGUUAGUCCUCAGAGCCUUUCGUCGAUACUUCGCCUCGUCCAAAGCAUCAGUGAAGACUUGAUAACUCUUCGUGCUGAGGCCGAAGAGCCGAUCUUCAAUACCGAUUCUCGUCGUCGUCGCAUCCUCAAGUCACUCCGGCUUCACAAGAAAGAGUCAUCCAUCAACAAAACAUGUUCUCGGAUUGAACGAAACGUCAAAUUCACCCAUGCCAGUUUGAGUGCAUUGGGAAGGAACAAUGACCUCUUCCAAAUCGGACAACUGCGGACCGCAAAUGAAAACACCAAACUCGUCAUUCAUGGCCAGACACAACUUCGUGGCGAUACUCUUGACAUCAUGCACAGAAAUUCAGCUGUCUCGCAGCAAAUUCUUACAGGGCAACACCACACUCACGUCGAAAUGCUGGAGGGCCACGCACAAUUGCACGCCGAUAUCCUUGCCGUUCAAAACAAUCAACUCCAGAACCUCCCCCCGAUUCUACUGCAUGAAGGCUCGGCAGCCGAUGCAGCUGCAACACUGUCACUGGUACAUCGGCUCCUGCCAUCCGUUCUGGAAAGAGCUCCGCUGCCAGGAACCACCAUGGCUGAUCUUACAUGGAUGGAGAACGAGCUGCGCAACAACUUGUCGGGCGUUCACUUGCUCGCUGCAUCAGAACUAAAACAAGGCCUCAGCCUUGUUCCAUACGGUACUCGAAGAACGACUCAACCAAUCGCACUGCAAAUCUUGAACCACUGGAGGUCGCAAUCUUCCUCAGUCAUGCAAAGAGGCCAAGGUCAUCUUCGAAAGCAAAAGCUGGAAAGUCCGCAAAACGAAGAGAUGGAGAUCGUGGUUCAAUCUCCAGAGGGCAACCUAUUCGUGUGGGUGAGCGAUGGAUGCGAGAUCACCGUGAAUGACUUCUCAACCUCUUUCAAGGGCUUCAGAGUCAUGUUCAUGCCGAACCAAACACACGGCCUUCCUGGCCUAUCAGCAUCGUUCGUGGAAGCAUCCGGAAAUGGCCUGAAGGUUUCAUCAUCCAUUCGGACGUUUGGUAUUGUGCCCGCGGGAUGCGCGAUAAUCAAGAAAAUAUGGGGUGGUGACACUGACGAGGUGCGAGCUAUUCUGCAGCGUGGAGAAUGCUCUGCUGCGGAUAGAGAUAAACACGGUUGGUCACUACUUGGAGUCGCGGUCUACAAAAGAAGAUAUGACAUAUGCUAUCUCCUGAUACGUUACGGAGCCGACCCGCUCGAUUGUACUCCGAAGGGAGACACAGCAUUGGACAUCUUCAUUGGCCAUUGGGAUCUAGCAGAUGAAGACGUUCAUUUCGAGGAUUACAUACGACUUUUCGCAACAUCUGGAUGCUUUGAGUGUGACCAAAUGAAUGAACUGUUUAACAGCCUCGCCGAGCCUCUUGGGUUCUUCCCAUCUCCACCGCAGUUCGGUGUUGUUUCCAACCUAGAAAAACCAAUGGCAAAUCCAAAUCGGUUUCAAUUCCUACUCAACCACAUCUUGGACAUCCAAGAGGUCGGCACCUACGGACAGACUCUCCUCAUUGAAUGCGCAGAUACGCAUUUCUCUAAUAUGGUCCCGCUCGGGAGGCUGAUGUUGCAGGCUGGGGUCGAUGUCCGAUCAUUUAGCCGCCACGGUCAGGGCGUUCUUCACCAUUAUCUUCACCGCCUCUCAUGUUGUGGUUUCUCUACACUUCGCGGCCAAUUUGCGGAAGAUAUGGUACUGUUCCUACAAGAACUGUUAUCCCGAGGGGCCUCGCCCCGAGAUGCAGGUGUCACGUCGCCGACAGAAACUGCUCUCACACCUGCUGCGUGGGUCGUUUGGUGUCAGGCUUUGGACAGAUCGGGAAUUGAUAUCGAAGAUCUACUUCGGGCCGAGGAUGAGCUUAAUGGGCUACAGCCUCCUAGCGCUGAGGACGUGGAAGAGUUGGUGGGUGACAUCGCGGGUCCAAAUCUUGUGGCCCCGGAACUGCUGUCUGAUGAGCGGCCACAAGGCACAUGUUUACGCUGCGAGGCCGGUCUCCAGCCAGUUUACUACCGUCCACCAUUCGAUUCGAUGUUUGGUCUGCUGAUUGAGAGUUUCCAUUCUCAUGAAACACGCACUCGGCACCGGAACGGGCUCCCAUGCAGCAACCUCUUUGGUGUAGAUUCAUGUGUCUACGGUGAUCAUGAUGAGGGUGGCGGUGCGAUUUUAUAUACCACGCAACUUAGCGAAAGGAAAUGGGCAGCAUAUCGGCUAUGGAAAGAUGGAUGGCUCGCUACCCCGGAGGGUGCGGAGUUCUGGGCAACGGAUGUCAUGACUCAAGAGGCGUUUGAUUCUUUCCACCAUUUAUCUGCUAUCAGGCUCUGA